UUUUCAACUCACGCCCAACACCAUCUCCUAGUUCCUUCCUAACCAGAUUCUAUCACUAUUAGAGUCAGUGUCUUGUUCUCUCUCUCUUUCUCUCUCUCUUACACCAAAUUCCUGUUGUUCUCCUUCCCAAAACACACACACACACAUACCAAAAAGGUUGCUAGCUAGCUAGCUAUAAACACCAUCACCAUGCCUGAGGCUCCGAGAGACUACAACCUUUUCGAGCAAAACAAGAAAACUCUCGAGUUCAUUGAGGAUGUCACUGCCAACGCUGACCUUGUCCAGAAGAGGGUCCUCUCCGAAAUCCUCUCCAACAAUGCAAAUGUUGAGUACUUGAGGAGACACGGUCUCAACGGCCAAACCGACCGUGAAACCUUCAAGAAACUCUUGCCUGUCAUAACCUACGAGGAUAUCCAACCUGACAUCAACCGCAUCGCCAAUGGUGACACCUCUCCCAUCCUUUGCUCCAAACCCAUUUCAGAAUUCCUCACUAGUUCUGGGACAUCGGGAGGGGAGAGGAAGCUGAUGCCAACAAUUGAAGAGGAGCUAGGGAGGAGGAGUUUACUCUAUAGCCUGUUGAUGCCAGUGAUGAGCCAGUUUGUUCCUGGAUUAGAGAAGGGCAAAGGAAUGUACCUAAUGUUCAUAAAAUCUGAGGCCAAAACACCUGGAGGAAUCGUGGCUCGUCCAGUUCUGACGAGCUACUACAAAAGCUCCUACUUCAGAGACAGACCCUAUGACCCCUACACCAACUACACCAGCCCAAAUGAGACCGUCCUCUGCCCUGACUCCUACCAAAGCAUGUACUCCCAACUCCUUUGUGGCCUUUGCCAAAACAAGGAGGUUUUCCGCGUAGGCGCAGUUUUCGCCUCUGGCUUCAUAAGGGCCAUUAGGUUCCUCGAGAAGCACUGGUCCCUCCUUUGCAACGACAUCAGAACCGGAACCAUCAACAGCGUCAUCACUGACACCACGGUUCGUGAGGCUGUCAUGAAGAUCCUCAAGCCUGACCCUAGGCUCGCGGAUCUCAUCCAAAGUGAGUGUAGCAAGAGCUCAUGGCAGGGCAUAAUCACGAGGCUGUGGCCCAAUACUAAGUAUGUGGAUGUUAUUGUGACUGGGACAAUGUCACAGUACAUCCCCACAUUGGACUACUAUAGCAAUGGACUGCCACUUGUGUGCACCAUGUAUGCAUCCAGUGAGUGCUACUUUGGUGUCAACCUCAACCCUCUUUGCAAGCCCAGUGAGGUCUCUUACACCCUCAUUCCCACCAUGUGCUACUUCGAGUUCUUGCCUGUUAAUCGCGCCAAUGGGGUGUCCCAUGACCCUCUCCACACCCCCAGAUCCCUCAAUGAGAAAGAACAACAAGAGCUCGUUGAGCUUGUUGAUGUCAAACUUGGCCAAGAAUAUGAACUCGUUGUCACCACCUAUGCUGGUUUGUAUCGUUACAGAGUUGGUGAUGUGCUGAGGGUGGCUGGAUUCAAGAACAAGGCACCCCAAUUCAACUUUGUGUGCAGAAAGAACGUGGUGUUGAGCAUAGACUCGGACAAGACCGAUGAGGUGGAGCUUCAGAACGCAAUGAAGAAUGCAGUGACACACUUGGUACCCUUUGAUGCAUCAGUGUCCGAGUACACAAGCUAUGCAGACACCACAACAAUCCCAGGGCACUAUGUGUUAUACUGGGAACUCGCCCUGAACGGUUCAACCCCAAUUCCUCCCUGUGUGUUUGAGGAUUGUUGCUUAACCGUGGAGGAAUCACUGAACAGUGUGUAUCGCCAAGGGCGCGUCUCAGACAAAUCAAUUGGGCCCCUUGAGAUAAAGAUUGUGGAACAGGGGACUUUUGACAAGCUCAUGGACUAUGCCAUAAGCCUAGGGGCUUCAAUAAAUCAGUACAAGACUCCUAGGUGUGUCAAGUUUGCACCUGUGGUGGAGCUCUUGAACUCAAGGGUGGUGGAGAAAUAUUUUAGUCCAAAAUGUCCAAAAUGGGUUCCGGGCCACAAGCAGUGGAUCAAUCAGAAUUGAUCUAGAAUCUAAAGGUGGACAUUAUUAUGUGGUUGGUAGCUUUUCAUGGCGGUUCACGUGAACUGUUUUUUGUGGACAUGUUAGGAGGGGAGGGAGGGAUUUUAAUUACUCUUUUUUAGGUUAAUUCUAUGUUUAAAAAGACUUUGAUUUUAGUCCUUGUUUUUAACUUGCAUAGUGAACUGAACCUAGCCACUGUAAAAAGCAAUUCCUGUUUGAAAGAAAGAAAGUUGUUGUUGUCUAA